AUGUCGGGCCUCAACUCCAACCAGAUGGACCCGCGCCAGCACCCUCUCAAGGCGACUGCUGCUGGCAUUGCCGCCGAGUUGGUGGGUGAGCGCCGCAACCCUCGCAUGACCCAUAUGCAGAGCGCCAACGAGGGCCCCGCCGACAUCAUCGCAAAGGUGUCCGGUGCCUCAGCUGGCGGAAAGAGAGAAGACGAUGCCCUUUACUUCACCAACAAUGAAGCCAUCCCAUUCCCGGACCCCGCCCACAGCAAGACCAUCGGUGGUAUUCCCGUAGCCAGCGAUGUGUUUCUCUUCCAGAAGCAGCAGCACUUUAACCGGUCCAAGCCCCUCGAGCGUAUGGUUCACCCAUGCGGCUCUGGUGCCUUUGGCUACUUUGAGUGUACCAAGGAUGUGACUGACCUCACCAAAGCCGACUUCCUCUCCAGCGUGGGUGAAAAGACCCCCGUCUUCACCCGUUUCUCGACCGUCACCUUUGGCCGUGAAUUUCCCGACGAAGGCCGCAACCCCCGUGGCUUUGCCAUCAAGUUCUACACCACCGAAGGCAACUACGACAUCGUGGGCCUCAAUUUCCCCGUCUUCUUCUGCCGCGAUCCCAUUCAAGGCCCCGAUGUCAUCCGCUCUCAGUCCCGCAACCCCCGCAACUUCCUCCUCGACUAUGAUGCUCUCUUUGAUCUGUUGGCCAACACACCCGAGGCCAAUCAUGCCGGCCUCAUGUUCUUCUCAGACCACGGCACUCCUGUUGGCUGGCGAUACAACCAUGGCUACGGCUGCCACACGUUCAAGUGGGUCAACAAGGAGGGUAAGUUCGUGUACAUCAAAUACACCUUCCUCGCCAAGCACGGCCAGAAGCAGUUUACCGAUUCCGAGGCUGUUGCCAUGUGCGGCCGUGAUCCAGAUUAUUCCAAGCGUGACCUCUGGGACACCAUUGAGGCCGGCGAGGAGAUUGAGUGGACUGCCUACGUCCAGGUGAUGCAGCCCGAGCAGGCCGACCCCGACCUUCUCGGCUUUGACCCCUUUGACGUGACCAAGGUCUGGCCCAGAGACCAGUUCCCGCUCAAGGAGUUUGGCCGCCUCGUCCUCAACAAGAAUCCCGAGAACUUCACCCGCGACGUCGAGCAGGCCGCCUUCUCCCCCGGCAGCAUGGUUCCCGGCAUUGAGGAUUCGCCCGACCCGCUUCUCCAGUUCCGCAUGUUCUUCUACAGAGACGCCCAAUAUCACCGCAUCGGUGUCAACCUCCACCAGAUCCCCGUCAACUGCCCCUUCAUGGCCAAGAGCUACGCCUCGCUCAACUUUGACGGUCCCAUGAGGUCGGAUGCCAACCAUGCCGGUAACAAGCAGUAUGCGCCCAACAGCUUUGCUCACAAGUUCAGGCCCGACGCGGCCGAGGCGCCGUAUGCUGUCAGCGACAACAUUAUGAGCCGGAAGAGCCAUUACUGGCAUGAGGGAAAGAAGAAUGACUAUGCGCAGGCGACACAGCUUUGGGCGAGGGUAAUGACGCCCCAGCAGCGAGAGAACACGAUUCAGAAUACGGCCAAGUACUUGAUCAUUGUCAAGUACCCAGAGAUUCAGAAGAAAUAUCUCGCCCAGCUGUACAACAUCUCGCCCGAUUAUUCGGAGGGUGUGUUCCAGCUCCUGCCGGCGCCGCAGUUUGACAUGAACGAGGUCAAGAGUCUGGCUGAGAAUGCGCACACGUGGUACAAGGAGAAGAAGUUCCAGCCUUUGAACGGGGAAAAGCUGACCGGUUUCGCUCCGCCGGGACCAGUGUACAACUACUAG